AUGGGAAAUGAAACAGUGUCAUUCCAAGAAUCUCUUUUCGUCGGCAUCACCUAUUUCCUGUUUGCAACAGCUUUAUUACUAAUUUAUAUAGUUUACAACUUGGUUUUGCUCAGAGACAACGAAUUCCGGAAGUUACAAGCCUUUCGACUGAUGAUUUUUCUUGGCUUGUUAGACUGCACACAAUUACUUGCUCAUAUAUCCAGCGGUAUUCUGACAAUACACAAAGACAUUAAUCACAACUAUCCUUACCUUUCUCAGGUGCUUGGAGCAGUGAUAAACUCCGGAUGGGUUGGACUGUUUCCUCUGACUUUUAUUAUUGCCAUAAACAGGUUUCUAACUUUUCGAAAGAUCAUAGACGCUGAAGGGAGAAUUCCGUGGUUAAUGAAGAUAGCUGUUGCUCUUAGUUUCUUGUAUUGUUUUGGUUUCUGUAUAUGUCUACUUACCUUCGCGAACGUAAUGUAUUAUCCAGAGAGCUUUUCAUGGUCUUAUGGAUCGAACAAAGCUAGCGUUGUUAUGUCAGGAAUUGAGUAUAUUGUGUCUGUUAUCUGUAUUGGGUUAACAUUUCUUGUUUAUAUACUGAUAGCAGUAUCUAUCUAUAGGAUGACAAGAGGAGUUGUCUCUGUUAAACGUAGAGAAAUUGUUUUGGUAGUUCAUGCAGCGCUAUUGUUUUUCACACUUACUACACUAAUCACAUGUUGGCAUUACUACAGCAUUUUUCUACCUGAGUCAGUGUGGACGUACUUUUCUAUCAACAUUUACUGGAUGUUGUACUGCGGGCUUAAUCCUAUACUGCACAUGGCAUUCUCAAAGUGUGCAAAUGCGCACUUCCUGGUUACGUUUCAUUGGAUAUACGGAUGUCCUGCGAAGAGAUAG